GGCCGAACUCGCCCCCUGCGAGUCCGAGGCGAUGGGGACCGUCGUUGACUCGGACCAGCUUCUGCGCCGGCUCAACAACCGCCAGAUCCAGCUCAUCGCCAUGGGCGGCUCGAUCGGCACCGGCCUGUUCAUCAGCAUCAGCAGUGGCCUGCACGACGGCGGCCCGGCGAGUCUGCUGCUGGCCUUUAUCGUGUACUGCGUGUUCGUCGCCCUGGUGAACAAUGGGAUGGCCGAGAUGGUGACGCAGUACCCCGUCGCGGGCGGCUUCAUCCGGCUCGCCGGCCAUUUCGUGAGCGACGCCUUUGGCUUCAUGGCGGGCUGGAACUACUUCCUGUACGAGGCGCUGGUGAUCCCGUUUGAGAUCGCCUCGCUGGCGACCGUCGUGCAGUACUGGAGCGAGGACGUGCCCAUCUGGUCCAUGUGUCUCGUCUGCAUCGUCCUCUACACCCUGAUCAACUGCCUGGUCGUCAAUGCCUAUGGCGAGGCCGAGUUCUGGCUCUCCGGCGGCAAGAUCAUCCUCGUCCUCGCCCUGUUCCUCUUCACCUUCAUCACCAUGGUCGGCGGCAAUCCCAAGCACGACGUCUAUGGCUUCCGCCACUUCAAAGAAGGAGGCUUUGCAGAGUAUAGAACCACCGGCAGCCUCGGCCGCUGGGAAGGCUUCCUCUCUGCCCUGUGGACGGCCUCCUUUUGUGUCGUCGGCCCCGAGUACAUCUCCCUCGUCGCUGCAGAGGCCAAACACCCGCGUCGCUACCUCAAGGCCGCCUACCAGACCAUCUACUUCCGCUUCUUUGUCUUCUUCAUCGGCAGCUCCCUUGCCGUCGGCAUCGUGGUGGCAUACGACGAUCCCACCCUGGUCUCUAUCCUUGUUGGCACCGGCAGCGGCGGCGGCACGGCAGCUGCUUCGCCGUAUGUCAUUGCCAUGAAGAAUCUAGGCAUCACCGUCUUCCCCAACAUCGUCAACGCCCUGUUGAUCACCUCCAUCUUCUCCGCCGGCAACUCCUACGUCUACUGCACCUCGCGCAGUCUGUACAGCCUCGCGCUCGACGGACGGGCCCCGGCCAUCUUCAAGAAGUGUACCAAGCAGGGCGUUCCCAUCUACUGCCUCGCCUUGACCAUGGCCUUUUCCUGCCUGUCUUUCCUCCAGUCCAGCUCUCGGACUUCCACCACCCUGAGUCUGCUUGUUAACCUGGUCACCGGCGGCGCUUUUAUCAACUACCUCGUCAUGUCCGUCACGUACGUCUUCUUCCAUCGUGCCUUGAAAGCGCAGGGCGUCGACCGGCACACGCUUCCCUACUACGGCUGGUUCCAGCCAUACUGCGGCUACAUUGCCUCCGUCUUCUUCCUGCUGGUGAUCGGCACCUUCGGAUACACCUCCUUCCAGCCGUUUGACACCGAGUCCUUCUUCAGCUGCUACGCCAUGGCUCUGCUUUCCAUUGUCUUCUUCCUCGGCUGGACGCUCGUCACCCGCCGCGGAUUCCAUGAUCCGCGCACCAUCGACCUCGUCUGGGAGUGUCCGCGCGUCGACGUUUACGAGGCCACCACCCUCGAGGAAGAGAGUACGUUCUGGCAGGAGAUGGGCCAGCUGGUUGGCUUCCGUGGUUGA